GGGCGGCCCAGCAGCCCAAACCCACGAGACCCAGGCUCGCAGACCGCCUCCCCCCCACUCCGCUCGCUUCCAGACUCGUCCCCGCUCCUCUUCCCCGCCGAUUCGUCCCGCCGGCCGCCGCCCCUUCCACUCCGCCUCGCCGCCAUGUCGGUGACGCUGCACACGAACCUGGGGGACAUCAAGGUGGAGGUGCACUGCGACCAGGUGCCGCGGACGGCGGAGAACUUCCUGGCCCUCUGCGCCAGCGGCUACUACGACGGCACCGUCUUCCACCGCAACAUCAAGGGGUUCAUGGUGCAGGGCGGCGACCCGACGGGGACGGGCAAGGGGGGCGCGUCCAUCUGGGGCGGCAAGUUCGCGGACGAGUUCCGGGAGGCGCUCAAGCACGGCGCCCGGGGCACCCUCUCCAUGGCCAACUCCGGGCCCAACACCAACGGCAGCCAGUUCUUCAUCACCUACGCCAAGCAGCCCCACCUCAACGGCCACUACACCGUGUUCGCCAAGGUCAUCCACGGCUUCGAGGUGCUGGACCUCAUGGAGAAGACCCCCACCGGCCCAGCCGACCGCCCCCUCGCCGAGAUCCGCCUCAACCGCGUCACCGUCCACGCCAACCCGCUCGCCGGGUAGCGCGAUGCUUCUUGGUGCCUGACUGGUGAUUCGCUCCUCGAUCUCUUUGCUUGUGUUGCUAAUUUAGGUACUGGAAUCGAUUUUACCCGUCCGGUUCUGUAAUAUCAUCCUCGUUUGGUUAUCUGAAUUCUACCUGCCUGCAAGAACAUGACACUGAUGAUACAACAUACUGGAUGUGGUGGCUCAGGAAGAAUGUCGCCUUUGCUGAUCUGCAGGCUUUGCCAUUCCUCUUGCUGCUUGCUACUUAUAAUUUGCGAUGUUUGAACGAGCGAAUGGAAUUUACGUGUUUCAGCUGUGA